CUCACCACCAGUGCCGGUUAUUUAUUUGUAAACAUUUCGCGUCCCUCAGAAAGCUCCGAAAUAUUUUUCGCACUUUAUUUUUCGUAAAAUUUAGAUUUUGUGCUUAAAAAAUGAAUAUAUCAACCGAUUUUGGACCGGACUCCGGUGGACGAGUAAAGGGUUUAACAAUCGUAAAACCACUUGUUUAUGGAAACGUAGCCCGGUCAUUCGGCAAAAAGCGAGAAGAGGACGGCCACACGCACCAGUGGACCGUGUACGUGAAACCGUACCACAACGAGGACAUGUCCACCUACGUAAAGAAGAUCCACUUCAAACUGCACGAAAGCUAUGCCAAUCCGAACCGAGUGGUCACCAAACCGCCCUUCGAAGUGACCGAAACCGGCUGGGGUGAGUUUGAGAUUGUGAUAAAAAUCCACUUCCACGAUCCCACCGAACGUCCCGUCACCAUGUACCACAUCCUGAAGCUGUUCCAAUCACCGGUGCUGGAAGGAGAAGUCUCAACCCAGCUGGAGGGUAAGAAGGGAUUGGUUUCGGAACAGUAUGAAGAAAUCGUGUUCCAGGAACCGACUCAGCUGAUGCAGCAACUGCUUACCAAUGUACAACCGGUUACCAGCGGACUGUGGAAGCAUGAUACAGAUUUCGAGGAACGGAAGGUUCAGUCGCUGGAGAACAUCAUUGAAACCAAAGGAAAGGUGAAGGCAGAAAUAACGAUAAACAAGGAGAAGCUAAAAUUGGCGAGGGAAACAAUCGCUAAGUUUAAGGCUGAAAUUGCGAAAAUUCAAGGACAGCAGCCAGCCGCUUGACAAAUGAGGAAUAGCAGUAAGUAAAAGUAAGACUGUAUCAUUAAAAUAGCUUAUCAAAACUUUUAAGAAU